AUGUCCACCGCUGGUAACGUCAUCAAGUGCCGCGCUGCCGUCGCCUGGGAGGCUGGCAAGGAUCUGAGCAUCGAGGAGAUCGAGGUGGCUCCUCCCAAGGCUGGUGAGGUCCGCGUCAAAAUCGUCGCGUCGGGUGUGUGCCACACUGAUGCCUACACGCUGAGCGGCAAGGACUCUGAAGGCAUCUUCCCCGUAAUCUUCGGCCACGAGGGCGGCGGUAUCGUUGAGAGCGUGGGCGAGGGUCGUCACCUCGGUGACCACGUCAUCCCCCUCUACAUCCCCGAGUGCCGCGAGUGCAAGUUCUGCACGUCGGGCAAGACCAACCUCUGCUCCAAGAUUCGCGUCACCCAGGGUAAGGGCUUCAUGCCCGACGGUACCUCGCGCUUCACCUGCAAGGGCCAGAGCAUCUACCACUACAUGGGCACCUCCACCUUCAGCGAGUACACCGUCAUGCCCGAGAUCGCCGUCGCCAAGAUCCCCAAGGAGGCUCCCCUCGACAAGGUCUGCCUGCUCGGCUGCGGUAUCACCACUGGUUAUGGUGCUGCCCUGAACACUGCCAAGGUCGAGGCUGGCUCGACUGUGGCCGUUUUCGGUCUGGGUGGCGUUGGCGUCUCCGUCCUUCAGGGCGCCAAGGCUGCUGGUGCCAAGAGGAUCAUCGGUGUUGACAUCAACGAGAGCAAGUACGAUUUUGCCUACAAGAUGGGCGCUACCGAGUGCAUCAACCCCAAGAACUACGACAAGCCCAUCCAGGAUGUCAUCGUCGAGCUCACUGAUGGAGGCGUCGACUACAGCUUCGAGGCCAUCGGUAACCCCAUGACCAUGAGGGCCGCGCUUGAGUGCUGCCACAAGGGCUGGGGUGUGAGCACCAUCAUCGGUGUUGCCGAGGCCGGCAAGACCAUCGAGACCAGGCCCUUCCAGCUGGUCACCGGUCGCGUGUGGAAGGGUACCGCCUUCGGCGGUGUCAAGGGCCGCACUGAGCUGCCCGUCAUCGUUGACAGGUACCUGAAGGGUGAGCUCAAGGUGGACGAGUACGUCACCUUCACCUACCCCCUGGACGAGAUCAACGAGGCCUUCCACGUCAUGCACGAGGGCAAGAGCAUCCGCUCCGUCAUUCUCUUUUGA